AUGGGGGUACACGCGUUAGACACAGGACAUAGAACAGAUCUGGAGAGUGUGCAACGCCUGGUGGCUGAGGCCGUGGAAAUCAGCAUCACAGUGAAUAGAAUUGAGGGUGUGGAACUGGCGAGCCUCCUUUUCCAAACCCAACCCCCACUUGACAGUGCUGGAUUUAUGCACCAAUUUAUCAUCUCCCGUCUACAAUGCGCAGCUACCCCCCAAAUCAUCGGUGAACGAAACUGCGGUAGCUACAACCACUGUGCGAUGAGUACGCGCACACUCUCGGUGCCUAGCUCCCAUGACACACGGAGGCACGAGGGCUGGGAUACUACCAGGUUGCCCAAGCCUAGACAGGGGAAGUCGAGAGGCAGAGGUCGAGUUCGAACCAUAGAUUUUCCGGUCAGGCGAGAUGGCUCAGUGGUUAGAGCGCAACAAACUGACCGGAUAGUCCGUGGUUCAAACCCGACCUCCGCAUCUCAACUUUCGCUGUCUAGACUUGGGCAACUUGGCAGUAUCCCAGCCUUUCUGCCUUACUCGGGCGGUAUGACAGCUAGGCAUCAAAAUGGUGUUACAGCUGAACGAGUCCGUGGUUCGACACCGACCUCUGCCUCUCGACUUUCCCCGUCUAGCUUUGGACAACCUGGCAGUAUCCUAGCCCUCGUGCUUCCUUCGGGUGGCAUGGCAGUUAGGCACCGAAAGGAUGCUACAGCUAAACGAUAUGAUUUUAGCUUAGGCGACCUGACAGCAUCCCAGCCCUCGUGCCUCAUUCGCGUGGCAUGGCAGCUAGGCACCGAGAGGGUGCCCCAGCUGAACGAUUCGUUCAAUGCAUCAUCACCCGACGUGAAACCCAACGAAUAUUCGUUCAGUUGUAACACGUUUUCGGUUCCUAGCUGCCAUGCCACUCGAAGGAAAUACGAGGGCCACUAUACUGCCAGGCCUGAGCAACCUGGCACUGUCCUAGCCCUCGUGCUUCUUUCGGGUGGCAUAGCAGCUAGGCGCCGAAAGGGUGCUACAGCUGAACAAUUAUUACUAUCUACGAUAUCCAGGACGUUAAGGGGCGAGAAGGAUCAGUUGGUGAAAACUCGACAUCGGCAUCUCGACUUCUCCUGUCUAGGCCUGGGUAACCUGGCAUUAGCUCAGCCCUCAUGCUUCCGUCGAGUGGCGCAGCAGCUAGGCACCAGAAGGGUGUUACAACCGGAGGAAAGUCCUUCUUCAAAGCCGAGAACCCAACAAUUGUACUUCGUGCUUCAACAGACUGAAAUGGUCACGCAGGUAAGCUUAUUCUCGUAA